GCGUGUCGUACAUUCAGUGGCCAGAAACCCGAAGCUAACCAGAAUAGAAAACUAAGUUAGCUUUGUCAGCUAGUUAGCAACUUCUGAAAUGGCGUCGUUAACGGCGACAGAACCAGCGGCAUCAUGCCCGAGUGCAAUACCGGCGGUGGAGUCCAUAGUGCCCGCUUGCAUGUUUGCACCGGACCGGGGAUGUCCCGACGAUCCAUCCGGCGCGGAGGGCUCUGAAGACGGCGAGGGUGCAAACUGCGAGUCCGAGGAUCAUUUAGACUUAAGCAACAAGCUGGUUCUAGUGAGUCCAUCGGGGCAACAGUACGAUUCAUUACUCCGGCACCUGAGGCAGCAGAUAGACGAGGGCUGUGGAGAGACCAUCUACGUGGUCGGGAUGGGUUCAGACGGGGGCGACUACGGUCUGGAUGAGAAGGACAUGGAGGCGUCGGUGGCCACAGUGCGCUCGCUGUGUGAACAGAUUGAGGCCGACCUGAUCUUCCUGAGAGAGAGGGUGGACGCUGGCGGGAGGAUUCGGGACUACCUCAUCCGCCGGCGUGUGGGCGAGGAGGAUUUCCUGGAAGUCAGGGUGGCGGUGGUAGGGAACGUGGACGCGGGGAAGAGCACGCUGCUGGGGGUUUUGACCCACGGUGAGCUGGACAAUGGCAGAGGCUUUGCUCGCCAGAAGCUCUUUAGACACAAACAUGAAAUGGAGAGUGGCAGGACCAGCAGUGUGGGCAAUGAUAUCCUGGGUUUUGACCAGGAGGGACAGGUGGUGAACAAGCCGGACAGCCACGGUGGCGGCCUCGACUGGACCAAAAUCUGUGAGAAGUCCUCAAAGGUCAUCACCUUCAUCGACCUGGCCGGCCACGAGAAGUACCUCAAGACCACCGUGUUCGGCAUGACGGGACACCUGCCGGACUUCUGCAUGCUCAUGGUUGGCAGUAAUGCCGGCAUCGUCGGCAUGACCAAAGAGCACCUGGGUCUGGCUCUGGCCCUGAAUGUGCCCGUGUUUGUAGUGGUCACUAAGAUAGACAUGUGUCCAGCCAACAUCCUGCAAGAGACGCUAAAACUGUUGCAGAGGUUAUUAAAGUCACCGGGCUGCAGGAAAAUCCCCGUGCUGGUCCAGAACACAGACGAUGUCAUCGUCACAGCCUCCAACUUCAGCUCUGAGAGGAUGUGUCCAAUUUUUCAAAUCUCAAAUGUGACGGGGGAGAACAUGGAACUGCUGAAGAUGUUCCUCAACCUCCUCUCCUCCAGGACCAACUUCAACAACGAUGAGCCGGCCGAGUUCCAGAUAGACGACACAUACUCGGUGCCGGGGGUGGGCACAGUGGUUUCAGGGACUACGUUACGCGGAAUGAUACGACUGAACGACACGCUGCUCUUGGGCCCGGACCCGCUGGGCACCUUCAUCCCCAUCGCAGUCAAAUCCAUCCACCGCAAGAGGAUGCCCGUCAAAGAGGUCCGCGGGGGACAGACGGCGUCCUUCGCCCUCAAAAAGAUCAAACGUUCGUCGAUAAGGAAAGGCAUGGUGAUGGUUUCUCCAAAGCUGAUGCCACAGGCCACCUGGGAGUUUGAGGCUGAGAUUCUGGUGCUCCACCACCCCACCACGAUAUCCCCAAGAUACCAGGCCAUGGUCCACUGUGGCAGCAUCAGGCAGACGGCCACCAUCCUGACCAUGAACAAAGACUGCCUGCGGACGGGGGACAAGGCCGCGGUCCACUUCCGCUUCAUCAAGACCCCCGAGUACCUGCACUGUGACCACAAGCUGGUGUUCAGGGAAGGACGCACCAAAGCUGUGGGCACCAUCACCAAGCUUCUCCAAGCAGUGAACACCCAGGCAGCUAAGGCCCAGCAGGCCAAGCUGCUGGCCAGUAAGAAGACCUUCAAAGAGGGCACAGCAGCCAAUGAGGAGGCCGGAUCGACGGCGCGGCCGCCGAGUCCCAACACAGCACAGCUACCAACAGUGGCAGAGGAGGCGGCUCUGUGUAAAGACGGCAACAAAGAGAACAAGCUCAAGUCGGGAGGCGGAGGACGCCGGCGAGGCGGUCAGCGGCAUCGAGGGAAAGGUCUGAACGCGGCGACGAUCUCCACAGCGGUGCCUGCAGGAGCAGCAGGGACCGCCUGAACACAUCAUCUCUGUUGGGGGGGCCUGCAUGGCCCUCUAGUGGCUGUGUGCAAAGACUGACUGCCCAAGUUUCUUUAACAUGAAACCAUAAUUCAACUAUUUGCUUCCAGAAAGCGAUCGAUUUUCCACAUUAAGUUCAUUUCAAUCUUUAUUUGUGUCGGGUAUAUUUGAGUUUUUUGCAGUUCUGAAAUGAGUAGACUACUUUACACAACCUUUUUCUAUUAGAAUACAAACUUCUUUUAUAGCAUUAAGCCCCCCCCCUGGCCAGCGGAGGCAUCAGUCACUUUCCCUGCCUGAACUUUGGACAUAAUAUAAUGUUUUGUUGUUGUUGCCACUCGUUCUCUUUUCCUCAUUCUUCACCUCCACCUGACUUACAUUAGUGCAUCCUCUUCAGACGGCGUUGUAGAGUUUUGCGUACUGCCACGCCGGCCACAUGAAGAAGUUCUGUUCGGUAGAAAAGCUCCUCGUCAUUGAGACGAUAGAGUCCAUUUAUGGAAUUGACGGUAAUAUCAGGAGUAUUCAUGUCCGUGACGUGAAGCAAAACAUUUAAUAGAUCGGGUUUGUUCGACGCUCGUUCGUAGCUCUGAAGCCGGGUUACUCUACCGUUCUGUAGGGCGGCAGCUAAAAUCAUCGUCUGGAGAUUUGCUUUCCCGGUGUUCUUAAAACAUCUCGUCGUGGAUAAAGAGUAAAGUCGCCUACUUAGUUUACCAGGAAAUAUCUCGACCCAGUCUGACCACUAAAUAUCCAGAAGCUGACAAUCUCGCGCACAAAUACAUCCAGCGGUGGUGUUGCACACCUUAAAUGUCAGAAAGCCAAGUGAGAACAUAUUUAAUUCAUAAUAAAAUGAUGCAGAUGUGACUCGAGUGCACAUCAUCUCGUCCUGCUCGAUAUUAAUCAGAAUGUGGCUGCGAACCAGAUAUUUCAAAGCUUCAAAGGGCAAAACUAAACGUCCGUCAGACACAGGAAGUGAAUGUUUUUCAUGUGACCCGAGAUAAAAAUCUCUUAUAUAAACUAUAUCAAUAAUUUACAGUUUCAACUCUAGUAGUCCAUCGGCCAGAUAAACCGUUUGACAGAAACGGUGUGAUGUUUUUGUUGAAGGUAUGAAACGUGGAAAAAGAAGCAGCGCAGAACACUCCCAUUCAAAUCAACAGCAGGAUGGUCAGAGCGGCGGCCAUGUUUAUGUGUUGCCACUGUGAUCGUUGUAGCGGGCUAACUUUUACAUAAACUAAACUGUGUUAAGGAAUGUCGCGAACUUACAGUGGAGUAACGUUUCGAAGAGUAGAGAAUAAACGAGUGACAACUUUGUACGGCUCACUUUCUGUAGCCGGUGUAGCAUGAAAGCGUCGUGGAAUUACCACACUAGCUAGCGUACAGCUGGCCAGUGAGCUAGCUAGCGUACAGCUGGCCAGUGAGCCAGCUAGCGUGGUAAUUUCGCCAUGCUGUAAUGCUACACUGGUCACAGAAGAUGCGACCGAAAAGCAGGCUGGAGUCUUGGCGGUCGUUCUGCCUCACUUCUCGCCGCUCCAGAGGACAAGCUAACUAGCUAGCUAGCUGAACACUCGACGCCCCAGUAGUCCAUUUUGCUCCUAUUCUAUUUCUGUGGUCACGCAGUGUACAAGUUAACAAUGCAAGUCAUCUUAGAUGGUCUCUACUAAGCUAACACAAACCAUUGACCACAUCCAGCUGAGCUAAAAGUAAAUGAGUUGCCACAUUUUAUUGCAACAGACAACUACAACCUUUGGUUUGCGGUUUCUCCUCUGGUUUUAUCUAAAUGUCUGAAGGUAACUGAAAAGUUUUUUGGGGAUUUACAGUUUCAGGUUUUCUUCUUCAAAAGCCCCAAAGUCCUCUCACACACAUGCUGAUUUCAUGCUGGUCAGUCUGUUCUGAAUUCCCCGUUUUAUAAAGAUCACAAACGUACUGAACUGCCACAUUUUUACACCUUUUCUUUUGUUGAAAAGUCAUGUUUUGUUUGUAAAAAUACAGCGUUGUGGAGAGGAACUAAGGAUGAGAAUAAUAUGCCAUUUAAAUUUAAGUGGUGCCAGUUUGUGUUGUAAAUCCUUUUAAAUAAAGAUGUUAUAGAAAAGUGA